GCGCCCUUGAUGAACGUGUAGUUUUUGUAGAGGCGUCUCACUGUCGUACAUUACAUGUUGCUUUGACGACUAAUGGGAGGGAUACUAUCGCGUGCAGUAUGGAUAGACGAUCGUUCACAGCUUCUCUUGUGGCAGGGGGCUGUGCAGGAAUGUGUGUAGACCUCACUCUCUUCCCUCUUGACACCAUAAAGACAAGAUUACAGAGCCAGCAGGGCUUCUACAAGGCAGGAGGUUUCCGAGGCAUCUAUGCAGGGGUCCCAUCUGCAGCUAUAGGCUCUUUUCCCAAUGCUGCUGCAUUCUUCGUCACCUAUGACAGCACCAAGUCUCUACUCGCUGGCUCCACUGCUUCACACUUGACCCCCAUCACUCACAUGCUGGCUGCUUCAUUAGGAGAAAUUGUUGCCUGUUUGAUCCGUGUCCCAACUGAAGUGGUAAAACAGAGGACGCAGGCAAAUCCCUCCCUCAGUACCUACCGUGUGCUACUAAAUACACUACAAGAAGAGGGUUUCAGAGGGUUGUAUAGAGGUUAUGGCAGUACAGUCCUCAGGGAGAUCCCGUUCUCACUGGUGCAGUUCCCUCUCUGGGAGUACCUGAAGACCGUGUGGUGGAGGAGCCAGGGAGGAACGCUGGACUCUUGGCAGGCAGCAGCGUGCGGAGCUGUUGCAGGUGGGGUAGCAGCACUCGUCACAACUCCGCUAGAUGUGGCAAAGACUUGGAUAAUGUUGGCCAAGGCCGGGACGAGCACAGCUAGUGGAAACAUCCCUCUGGUUUUGUAUGAGGUGUGGAGGAGCAGAGGAAUACCUGGACUGUUCGCUGGCAGCAUCCCCAGAAUGACGUUCAUCAGCAUGGGAGGUUUCAUCUUCCUCGGAGUAUAUGAGAAAGUGCGCCGUACGCUUACAUAAGGGCCAUCUCCACAAAACAACGAGGCCGACUCACCCUUGCAGAAUCAGCAAAACAACAGUCUGAUAUCAGAAGCAAAGUGUAAAGCACCCCUACAGUUGAGCGGGAGGUUAGUCAGCUCUGCGAUGGUAAAGCUCUCUGUCCCGGUUUGAACUGGUGGUCUUCAGGGGCACAGCUAGGACACCUGGUGCCUGGAUAAAAAGAUCACAUAACAUGUAGGUUUGCAUUCCUGCUCAACAGUGCACAACAUAUUGAGUUUAACUGCCGGAAUUCCAGUUCUUCAACAACAGAUCAUGUUGAAACUUAAAUGUCAUGUUUGCAUUCGAUGUAUGAAAGCUAUGGACUUCUUUUGUAUUUCUUAUGCAAUAAAGUGGUUUU